AUGACGCUGCGACGUGACACGUUGGAUAACAUGUCAAGGCCCUGUGAUGACUGCAACAAAAGAUGGCCACUCGGGCAGAUGCGACGUUGCCGAACCUGUGAGGAUCAUGCUAUGCGCGACGGGGCCAUUCCGAAUGCGAAUGCGGCUGCUUGCUUUGUAUGUCUGGGAUGUGCAGUCGAUCGUCAUUCCGGCCACACGCUUCCGCAGAUCAUUGACCGCGAUGGCAGAGGUACUCUGAGGGUGCCAUCGAUAAAGUUCCCACCGCCGCCGCAACACACUCCCGAAGAAGAGGCCCGGAAACAGUCGACAACCUUUCCGGCUAGGAUCCGUCCAGUGGACACUCCGAAGAAACGAUCGUCGUUUGGCGCUCUUUUUGGAGCGAAUAGCUUCUUCUCUCCGGAAAAGUCAAAAGUCGACGUGUCGCCAAAGGAAACCGAGAAACAAGAGCAAUCGUUGCCACACAAAACACAAGUCCCUUAUGGCGCCACGACAAUUCGCCGGGUCCAGCGUGUCCCCUCGAAGGCGCCUCAACCCAACGAGGAAGUGGGUCCUUCGAAGAAGUAUUCGGGCGCUUACACGUAUGGAUAUAGCGGAUUUGGUGACGGACAUCAAGUGUCUGAAGCUUCCUCGCGAACCGCUUAUUCGAAUGGUUCGGUGACGGUCGGAACCACUUCCGAGCAAACCGACUCCAAAUCGAUAUAUGGAAGGCGCCCACUGCCAACAAUCCCUCAGCAACUGACCCGCAUCACGGAAACCGUUGGCGUUCGAAGCUACAUGCGCAAGAAAGCGACGUCGGAAUAU